CCGCGGGCGCCGCGGGCCAGGGACACCCCGGCAACCCCUUGGCGCGGAGGCCUUUGCGCGCCGCCCUCCAGCCUCGCCCGCGCUCUUCCCGGCUGGUUGCUACGGAGUUAGGGGUUUUUGUUGUUGUUGUUUUGCUUUUCUUUCAUCUUCCCCCUUAGUACUCUCUCCCCACCUCCUCCAAAAGAUUUAACUGUGCGGCUCCGAAGAGAUCAAGCGGACUGGAAAGAUGUGGAAGGCGCUGGCGCUGCUCUGGGUUUUGGGGAGCGCGUGGCUCUGCGAUCCCGCCCAGGGAGCUGUCGUUGGCCUGCUGGAAGAUGAUAUCGUGACCCAAGCUGCGAAAGAUGGCGUAGCGACCCCGGGUCUAGAAGACAGCAUAGUAACCACACACGUUGUUGAUGGUUCCUACCACCUUACUGACAAGACGCCUUUGGUGCAGACAAGCACAGAGAACAGAGCAAAGCCACCCAUUGAGGACCUGCCAACCCCAGGAAUCCCAGACCACAGUCAUGAAGAAACCCAGAGCACACCCACGCCCAAAGUGGUAACUAGUCACCCUACGGAUACGAAGACCAGUCACCCCGGUAGAGACGAGGCUGCCGGCGAAGCACAGACGACAGAUGGGAAAGAUGGCUUGGCCAUAGUGACCCUGGUUGGAAUCAUAGUUGGGGUCCUACUGGCCAUUGGCUUCGUUGGAGUGAUCAUUGUUGUGGUUAUGCGGAAAAUUUCAGGAAGGUUCUCGCCCUGAAGAAAUGAAGGGUCAGGCCCUUCUGCCAACGUGUCUGGAAAAACAAAAACAAACAAACAAACAAACAAACAAAAGUUUCUGACUUCCCAAACCCCUGUCCUCCGCCUGUGGGAGAGGACGAGCCACGGCUGCUCGGCUGCCCCGCUCUCAACCGUGGUGACUCUUCCACUGGCGGGAAGUCACCGAAGGAGAGAAAACUCACCCACCAGACUUGACUCCUCCAAUCAUCCGCCUUUGGAAAAAAUUUAAGACGUAAAUUCUAGAAUAAAUUUGGAUUACAACAUAUUGGGAAAAUGGAACAAAACUAUGUAACCUGAUCCGUCGGUGUGUGUAAUCACAUCUUCCUCCUGGCCAUUCCUUGCUGCUGUUAAGAUGCGGUGGCAGCUGGAGACACGUAUAUCCACGGAGGCCUUGGAUCCAGUGUUAAGUCAUGGCACAGGUCUUUUGAAAUUGCCAGUCUGUUGAAAUGUACACAUUCCUGUUUAUUUGGGUUCAUAUUAAAGAGCCUGAUUGUGUGUAAACCAUCCAGCUGUAAAUUUAAACUUAGGUUCCAUGUGAUCAACUCCCUUUAAGGGGAGCAGUCUGAUGAUUAGUCAUUUGAAAAGCAUCCAUUUUUGGAUUGUAAACAAGAAGUCUGCCCGAAGCCAGUGACGGGACUUGACAUGAGGUGAUGCUGCGGUAGCUUGUUCCCCCCUCCUCCCUCUGACGACGGGGAGCCCCGAGUUUCUGCGCAGACUCCUCACCUCUUUAGGACUCAAAGCAAAUUGGCUGUUUUGUUCCAGAUUGUGAGAACCUCAUCCCCAGUGCCCAGGAAGCUGUUAGACACCACAGGAUGCUAGAGGCUCGACUGUUCUAGAGGCAAGAGCCACACUUGGUCCCCAAGCAGAAAGAAAGCCCCUGUGCUUUCUGACAUGGGCAGUGGGAUCUGCUGGUCUCUGACAUUUGCUGUCUGCAGGACAAGAUGGAGCGAGAGUAAUGUGCACAGUACUAAGAGCCUGUGUGCACCCGGACCUAAAGUUCUGAUUUAGAAAUAAAGAGUAUCGCCAGCCUUUAUGGUAUCCCACAUCUUUCCAUGGGGUCGUCAUGAAAAAUCAAAGUGAAGGAGGCCGGGGGGUGGGGAUUUCUGCCCCUCUACUGCCCAGCUCGGGGCUUCCCUUCCUGUGGACACACUGAGAUCUCUUUGCGCAGUUGGUGAUCCUGACCACAUGUUUCCUCAGCACUGUGAUUGUGCAAUCCCGACCUAGUAAGAGCUCAUGAAAGAGAACAAAGUAAACCAUCCUUCAGAAGCACAGCCCGUUUCUCUCAUUUUUUUUUUUCCAGUCACGUGUGGGUGUUAUUUUAUACAGCACCCAUGUGCUGCCCCUGCGGGUCCCCUGCUUGAAUGUUAGCCAGUUGAAAGGGGCAAGACUUAUAGGAGCCAUGUGCACUUGGAUAGCCUUCCACUUCAUCAUUCAGAUUCCUCACAGGAGCCAGGCACAGCCCAUUUCUUCUUUCCUGCCUUUUCUCCCUCCCCACUGUGGAAAAUGUUAGUCUUCCCCGAGUCAUACACUGGACUCAGUGCCUGCUGGGACAGGGCUGUGGUUUCUUGGUCACAGCUGUGUUGGUACUCAAUGCAGUGUAGACACAUUUUCAAAUAAAACAGAUGAGUGUGUACAGACAUGA